AUGAUCGGAAUGCCCUACGUCAUUUUCAAGAUGGCGACCAGUUGACAAAAAAUAACAGUGACAUAUCUUCUGUGAUAUGUUUGGGCGAUAUUUCUAUUUUCCUGUGGCUGGACAUGACAGAAGUGAUGGAGCGGACCCUUGCCUCCCUGCCGAUGUUCAUGAAGGGGGAGCUGGGCGGGCCGUUCGGCGUGUCCCGGGGCUUCCAGACACUCAUCAAGGCGAUCGGCGAGUCUCAGUCUAAACAUGAAGAGGAACGUAUCAUGAAAAAGGAGGUGAGCUACCUACAACAGAAGCUCACACAGCCUGACAUCUCCAAUAAACAUAUGAAGGAGUUGUUGGUACGGCUGGUGUACUGUAACAUGCUGGGGCAUGACAUCACCUUCGGCUACAUCCAUGCACUCAAGCUGGCACAGCAGGGAGGGCUGGUGGAGAAGAGAGUAGGGUACCUUGCAGUGUCCUUGUUCCUGCAUGAAGACCAUGAGUUGAUCAUGCUGCUCAUCAACACCAUCCAGAAGGAUCUGAAGAGCACCAAUAUCCUGCAUGUGUGUAUGGGGCUGACGGCAGUGUGUGCUCUCAUCAGUACUGAGAUGAUCCCAGCACUGCUGCCUAUGGUGGAGGACAAGCUGCAGCACCCCAAGGAGGUGGUUAGGAAGAAAGCCAUCAUGGCCCUACACAGGUUCUAUCUGAAGGCCCCAAACAUGGUCCAACACAUCCACGAGAAGUUCCGCAAGGUCCUGUGUGACCGUGACCCUGGGGUCAUGGGGGCGUCGCUCAACAUAUUCUACGAUCUUAUAAAGGAGGACGUAGAGAAGCACAGGGACCUGACCAACACCUUUGCCUGCAUCAUGAAGCAGGUGAUUGGUGGGAAGCUGACCAAUGACUUCACUUAUCACAGUGUUCCCGCGCCAUGGAUCCAGGUGCAGCUGCUAAGGAUCUUGGGAAUGCUGGGAGCUGGACAUAAAAAAAACAGUGAACAGAUGUAUGCUGUUCUGGACGAGACUCUGGACAAAUCCGAGAUCAACCACAACAUUGGAUACGCCGUUCUGUACGAGUGCGUGCGUACGGUCACCGCCAUCCACCCUAACCCCGCCCUGUUGGAGAAGGCUGCGGAGAGGAUCGGGAGAUUCCUCCGCUCGCACAGUAACAACCUGCGAUACCUGGGUAUCACAGCCCUGACCUCCAUGCUGCCUGUGUUACCGGGCGUCGCAGGGGAACAUCAGUUGGUGGUGAUCGAGUGUCUGGAUGACCCGGAUGAAACCCUGCAGAGAAAGACCUUAGAGCUGCUGUACAGGAUGACAGGUCCCACCAACGUGACAGUGAUCUGUGACCGGCUCAUCUCCCAUCUCAGCACCACGGCCGACACCUACCUGCAGUCAGACCUGGUCACCAAGAUAACACAACUGGCAGAGAGGUUUGCCCCCAGUAAUGAAUGGUUCAUCACAACCAUGAACCAAGUGUUUGAGCUGGGCUCUGAUCUCGUACCGAAUGACGUGGCCCAGAAUCUGCUGCUACUUUUGGCCGAGGGCACAGACAACGAAUCUGAGGAUGCAGAACUGAGGCUACAUGCAGUGCAGUCAUACCUAGGCCUUGUGGAAAGACCGCACCUUCCAGACAUCUUAGUACAAGUGUCUUGCUGGACGUUGGGUGAGUAUUCUUACCUCCUGACGGAUGUGGAACCCCAGGCAGUCCUGUGGAGACUGCUGUCACUGUUAGAGCAAGAUCACCGCUCCGUUGAGACCAUGGGGUCAGUCUUCACUGCCAUCUGUAAGCUCUGCGCUCAGAUGGGCAGGGUGCCGGAAGAGGUUGUGUCCGUUUGCGAGCGUUAUGUGAGCUGUCUGGACGUUGACCUGCGACAGCGAGCGGCGGAACUGUUGGAACUUCAGACGGACGUGCCGCUCAUGCAGACUGUGCUGCCAGUGGAUGCCAGCUGCGAAGAUCUCCAGAUCGACCCCUCUUUGUCCUUUCUGGAUGAGUUUGUGUCAGACGCGUUGGCCCAGGGUGCAGCCCCAUACAAACCCAGACAACAGAGACAGUCAGAAACACUGGCUAUGGCUGAAGACAAAGCCCAAGCCGCUUUGUUCUCCGGUCUCAACUUCAAGCCAUACGACACCCCCCUGGUCCCCCCCUCCCUCACAGCAUCCUCCACACCCCCCUCCUCACAGAGUAAGGGGGUAUCGGAGCCAUCAGGGUCCCUCAGCUCAGGGGGGUCGGGGGAAAGUUCUGACAAACUUGAUGGUUUGGGACUUAGGACGAGGGGAGUUCGGAAGAUCUGGAGUAAAGAUGGCUGUACCAAGGUCAAGAAAAUGGCUGCUCCAACACUUGAGGUCACGAAGGAGGGACAAGAAGAGACUGGGGAAGUAGUACAAGAAGCACCAGACAUGUCAAGUUAUUCAGGAGGUGCUCAUGUGGAGCCCAGCACAGUAGUGGCCCUCCCAGGACAGCACAGCAAUGACCUGCCUGACCUUCAGGAGGACAGGAGGAAACAGCAGCUGGCCAGUGCGCUGUUCAGUGGACUACAGCAGGGAGGAACAGCACAGACGUCAAGAGGACGAGGGAUCCUUAAGACGUCUAGAAGAGGGAAGACUCGCGGGCCGGCUGUCGGAAACCUUCUUGAAGGCAUCGACUCCUUAGAACUCUCUUCACAAGACCCCUCCAACACAACUACCAGAACAGACAUUCUAACCAGUGCCGAGACUCAUGACAACUUGUUUGACUUAGAAAACGUCUUGCAGCUUGACCCUAUCGGCCCUGGAAUCUUAAAAACGUCUUCCAAUUCAACUGACAAUGCAAGACAUGUGGAAAGCAGCUUGGAAGAAGACUUUGAAACUGUUGAGAAAGACUCCAAAGGUGCUACAGACUCUCGACAAUCAAAUAUGCUAGAAAAAACGUUGAACUCACAACAGAACAUUGAAAAGCUUCCUAACAACAGAACUGAACAAAAAACUGAGGAACCAUGUGACAGUUUACAAUUACAAUCAGAGGACUUAGUUAUAGGUUUGGACAGACCGCAAGUUUUACUGACAUCUACGUCGACGGACUCCAUACUUGAUAGGGAUAACGAUACGGAUAGGAUGAAAUUUGACAACGGAACAGAAGUCCCCACAACGUUACCGGAAUGCCUGAUGGAAUUCCCUCAUUCUGUGGAACAUGUGGAACUGUGUGGGGAUGAAAUAGUUCGACUGUCCCUUUGUAAGGUGUGGAAGCCGGAGGAGUUCGUAGUGGUGCUUUUCAUGACCAAUCACAGUAGCAACAGAGUGGUCGCUGACGUCUGUGCGAAGUUGGAGCCUUCAUCAAAUUUUCAGUGUUACAUAGGAGGAACAGAAAGUAGCUGUAUUGUGGAGGAGAAGAUAGCACCAUGUUCGUGCUCGGUACAUUCAGCCCACCUGACCUGUAAGGCACCUGCCCUGAGUAUGCACCUGGGUGGGGAACUGUCGUACAAGGACCACACCCUCACCAACAGGCGCCUCUUCUUCACCUGCCCAGUACAGCUGUCAGAUGUUGUCAGAUCAUUGGAGUUAACCACAGAACAGUAUGGAGAGAAGUGGCCGCUCACGUCACACGACAAGCGUCUCAAACUGGAGAUCAGCAAGGUCACUAAAGUAGCAGGCAUCAUGGACAUGUUACAAGGCAGGCUUGGGAUCCAUCCUGUAGAUAUCAUAGGUAAUGAGGGCAUAGCCAGCGGAUCCCUCCUCCAGCAGGGCCUCUGUCUCCUCCAUGUCAAGGUCACCACCAAGGUCAACACUAGCACUGUGGAACUAUGGGUAAAAUCCAACAGCCAGCUCUUCACUGAAUGUAUAGUUAGGGAAUGUGCUGCUAUCUUCAGGUGACUCAAAUAUCAUUGUAUCCUGAAAUUUCUGUAGCCUGUAUAGAUUUUUUUUAUUGCUACCUAGUAUGUAUCAGUUAGCUAAGCAUUGAAUUGGUAGCAGGAUGUUUCAGCACCUGGACAGUUUAGCCCCCAGCCAAUCAGAACAUUUCAGAGCCAGGGCUAGGCACAAAUAGACUCGUUAGGUCAACUAUAUCCACUCAAUACUGAUAUUUCCGUGUAAGAUGUGAGUCUUGAAAUCUGUAAUGAUGAAGGUUGGAAGGCUAGCCUUGUACAUAGCUACAUGAACUGAGAUUUGAAUAAAACCGAAACAUUGACAAUAUUUUGUU